AUGAAGCAAGGAAGUUUCUCUCUAUGUCGCAUCAUUGGAUCAGGUCUAAUGAUGACGACGACGACGACGACGAUGAUGAUGAUGAUGACUAUACUGACCAUCCAACUCGAGCAGGUCCAGUCCUUUUCCAACCCUCCUCCAGCACUGCUGCAAGGAUCGACGUCUUAUUCCGUAGCCACAAUGCCCCGGCGGGUGCCGUGUACCAGUCUGAGAAACGCCUUGUUUGAUGACAACGACGACGAUGACGAAGAGGAAGAUGACUUUAUUGAUACCGAUUCGUUGGGCGAUUGGAGAACCUUUCGACGGAAUUUGGCCUUGGAAACACCACCAUUGCAAGAAUUUGAUGAUGAUGAUGAUGCUGACCAAGAAACUCCUGCCACUACGGCAGCAGCAACAGCACCCAUCAAAUCCGUCUCCAAGGCAAACGAAGAAAUUCUACUCUCCCAAAAUGAAAAGUUGGCGGCCGAGUAUUUGACGGGAGUUUGGGCUCAUCCAGUAGCAACGCCCGAAGUGGGUGGACUCGUGGCUCGCAUGCCCCUCGAAAGUGAACUAUUCGCCAAUUACAAGCAUUCCAUUCUGGGAAAGCACCUUUCCAAACUGCUGGACGGCGAACGGGAUGUGGAUAUUUGGUACAAGAGGGCCAAGAAAUUGAUUCAAGAGGAAAUGAAAAAGAUUGCCAUGAAAGCCGAUGAGCAAGGACAAAUUGAUGCCACUACUUUGGAUGAAGUUUCCUCGGAAAUGUUGACGCUCUUUUUGGACAAUCAAGACAAUUGGCAAGAAGUUUGUUUGGUGGUGGAACAUGCCAACUCCAUCGCCAAGACGGUGGUAUUGAAUCGGCCCAUGGCGUUCAAAUUGACCGACAAUAUUGCCCGACUGGUAUUGCAGGGAGCCUUUGCGACGAGAUCCAGUGACGAUGACGACGACGACGACGAUGAUGAUGAUGACGAUAUUGAUGAUGACGAUCAGAGUGGAUACCGGUUAAUGAGUACUGACUACUAUUCUAGACCAUCCGAUGCCUUUGCGGAUCGCAAGCGCUUGGUUCGAUUCAUGACAGCCUUUUCUUCCGAAUGUGCCGUCUACGUGGGAGGACCGGACAAACAAAACAUGCCAGCGUUAAUGAUUCAUGGUAUUCCCGACUUGCCGGGGGCCAAAGAAAUUAGUCCAGGGAGCAAGAUUUAUCAAGGGGGUAUUGAGGCAGCAGUCAGUGGUGUCCUGGAAGGGGAGUACAGUCCCUUGGAGUUUCGCUUUUUCAUCGGCUGUCAUUUGUACAAGGAGUCGGCACUGGAUGUGGCGGUUCGCCUCGGCAAGUACCAACCGAUUGCAUGUGCAAGGUCACUGGCACUGAAACAGUGCAUAUCACUUCCCAAGCCACUCUGGCAUGAAGUCAUGGAACUAUGUGAUGGCGAUUUGGGAGAUUUGUCGGCAUUGGAAAUGUCCAGUUCGGAUGACGUGCAAUUUCAAGUAGUGGAUGAAACGGAAUUCGAGGACGGGCCUGAUGGUGGCUUGGACAAUAUGGAGGAUGAAGAUGACGAUUUCUACCUUUGA